CAAUGACAGCCCGGCUUGUUCGUGCUUUUAAUGUGUGAUGUUUUCUCCAGUGGAGGGCACUCAGUGUCUCGCAAACGGGAACAUUAGCACCAACAAGCUCCAGAGCAUCUCAUCACUCUCUGGGAAAAAAGAAGAAGAAGAAGGGAGAGACAAAAAAGGAGGAGAGAGGGAAAGGAGGUGUGUGUGAGAGAGAGACAGUGUGUGUGUUUUGGGGGGAAGCCCUUCUCAGAAGGGAGGAGAAGAGCCAGAGCCUCUCCGGCUCUGUCCAAAGCGCCCCAAAGGCGCACCGCAUCCAUGGAUUUGGACAGCCCAGACUUCGCUUGAUGCCCAGUUGUUUAAAAAAUAGGCAAGGAGGGUUGUUUCUUCAUCCUCCCUGCUCGUCAUCAUCAUCAUCGUAGUCAUCCUUGGUGGGGAGUUUGCUCAAGGAUGGCUUGGAGAUGCCAAGAGGAGGAAGGAAGAAGAAGGAUGCUGCCUCCGACGCUACCGAGAGCAGCCCAGGGACCUGCUUGCUUUUUUUCUCCCUGAGAGAAGUUCCUUUUUCCCCUCCUUCUCCCCCAAUUUCCGAUUGGAAGCUGGCCCCUUCCUUGCGCCUGUGAGCUGAGCUUGGAGAGGAUGCGUCGGAGGGUCCUUUAGAAGCCGGCACCCCCCUUUCCCUUAUUUCCCUAAAUUCCCUCUUUUUUCCCCCUCCAUCCACCCACCCCAGGGUCUUGCCUUCCUUGCCACUCUCAGCCUUUUCCUCCUAUCUCCCUCCUUCCCACCACCCAUGACCCCCUUUCUUCAGCCCUUCUCUGGGGAACUUUGGGUCGGUUUUUCUCGCCUUGAUGCAGGAUGGACUCUCAGGCUCGCCUUUUGGGGUGACAGGGAUGCUGUGAUGCUUUAAAGGAAGAAGAAGAAGAAGAGACACACACAGAUUAGCUUGGAAAAGGUUGCAGAAAGGAGGGGGGACAGGACAACCCACGCAAGGACAGCAGCCCAAGCAACAACAAAACCCAUCUGGUUGAAGCAAGAACAUCUGGAAGGAAAAAAAAGGGGGAACCAUUACAGAUGACAAAAGGAUGGGUUUCCAUGUAAUUAAGCACCUGAGAGGCAUGAGUGCAGUCUUCGUGCUCCUUCCUACAGUGCUGUUUGUGACAUUGACAGGGGCUCAGCGAGCCUGCCCCAAAAACUGCAGGUGUGAUGGCAAAAUUGUCUAUUGUGAGUCUCACGCAUUUAGAGACAUUCCUCAAAACAUUUCUGGAGGGUCUCAAGGUUUAUCACUGCGGUACAACAGCAUCCAGAAGCUCAAACCAAAUCAGUUUGCAGGCCUUCACCAGCUCAUAUGGCUGUACCUUGACCACAACUACAUCGGUUCCGUAGACGAGGAUGCCUUCCAGGGCAUCCGUAGGCUGAAGGAAUUAAUCCUGAGCUCCAACAAAAUCACUCAUCUGCACAACAAAACGUUCCACCCAGUCCCCAACCUCCGUAAUCUGGACCUGUCGUACAACAAGCUGCAGGCAUUGCAGUCUGAGCAGUUCAAAGGUCUUCGCAAGCUCUUGAUCUUGCACUUACGGUCCAACUCGUUGAAGACUGUUCCGAUUCGAGUUUUCCAAGAUUGCCGCAAUCUUGACUUUCUGGAUUUGGGUUACAACCGUCUACGGAGUUUGUCCCGCAAUGCUUUUGCUGGCCUCUUGAAGCUAACGGAGCUCCACUUGGAGCACAACCAGUUUUCGAAAAUCAACUUUGCUCACUUUCCACGUCUCUUCAGCCUGCGCUCCAUUUACUUGCAGUGGAAUAAGAUCCGAUCCAUCAGCCAAGGGUUAACAUGGACUUGGAGUUCCUUACACAACUUGGAUUUAUCAGGGAAUGAUAUUGCGGGGAUUGAACCUGGGACGUUCCAGUGCCUGCCCAAUUUGCAGAAGCUCAAUUUGGAUUCCAACAAACUGACCAAUAUCUCUCAGGAGACUGUCAAUGCCUGGAUUUCUUUAAUAUCCAUCACCUUGUCUGGAAAUAUGUGGGAAUGUACUCGGAGUAUUUGCCCCCUGUUUACCUGGCUUAAAAACUUCAAGGGAAACAAGGAAAGCACCAUGAUUUGUGCAGGCCCCAAGCAUAUCCAAGGUGAAAAGGUGAGUGAUGCUGUCGAAACCUACAACAUCUGUGCCGAAAUCCCAGUUGUUGUCACCGAGAAGCCCUAUCAGGCACCUAAAACUCAACAGAGGCCCAUUUUUGUCCCCAAACCUACUCUUCCCAAACUGGAAGACUUUCAACCAACAUCGUUUACACCAAGCCCUUCUCCAGAGUUUCCAACAUCUGGACCCGAACCCGAGUAUGAGCAUGUUUCCUUUCACAAGAUUAUCGCUGGAAGCGUUGCCCUCUUUCUUUCGGUGGCUAUGAUUUUGUUGGUCAUUUAUGUCUCAUGGAAGCGUUAUCCUGCCAGCAUGAAACAGCUCCAGCAACACUCUCUUAUGAAGAGGCGCCGGAAAAAAGCCCGAGAGUCAGAAAGGCAAAUGAACUCCCCUUUACAGGAGUAUUAUGUGGACUACAAGCCUACAAAUUCCGAGACCAUGGAUGUAUCGGUUAAUGGAUCUGGACCGUGCACGUAUACCAUUUCUGGCUCCAGGGAAUGUGAGCUCUCCGGAGAAGUCCUGUUUCAAAAAGGAAUUGUCAUGGAUGAUUGUGCAGUGAAUAAGGUCCCUCACCAUAUGAAAACCUUGCCCUAUUAUGGCUAUGACCAACCGGUGAUUGGAUACUGCCAGGCCCACAAACCCCUCCAUGUAAAUAAGGGAUAUGACACUAUCUCUCGGGACCAGGCUGAAACCAACGUGGAGCGGAGUCGAGACCACAGCUUCAUUGCUACCAUUGCACGUUCAGCUGCUCCAGCUAUAUACAUUGAGAGAAUACCAAACUGAUGGAAUGCCGUUCCAGAGAGUUCAGAAGGGUAAACGGGAGGGUUCCUUUUUCUGGGGAGGGGGGACCUUUGGUUCAAGAGGAGCAAGGAACAAGAAGAGUAACCAUUCCAGUUCCCACUGUUUCAACUCCAGCUCACAGGGAAACGGAGACAGUUACAAACUGAAUUUCUACAGUGAUCCUCAAGCAAUCUGUGACGUUGCUCAUGAACUGGAGAACUUCAAAACGUUCUUUGGCUUUAAACUGUUGAACAAACUUCUUGGUGUAAAUAUCAGAAAGAUUGUUGGGUUCUUAUACAAAAAAAAGCAUUAGAUUUCACUCUAGCAACAUAAAGGAUGGAUUAAACGUUCUGUUUGUAUAUUUGAUUUUUCUACAUUGCACCAUUCCUUUGAAGGAGAACCACAGAUACCAAUUAAAGGAAUGUGUACAUGGGGGGUGGUAUCCAAACAUAGAAUGAAAAUAUGCGAUAACCUUUUGUUAUUAUGUGUUUAUUACUCUUAAAGGUUUCUUUAAAAUUUAGUUGUCCUUAUCAAGGUGGGGAGAACAUAUCAAGCCAGGGUCUUCUCUAAAAAAAAUAUUUUGUUGAAGGAAGAAAAAAAUUAAUUCCAAACCGAGUUUUAAAGACUUACAUUGAAUCAAAAUGACAUCGGCAAUACCUACAAAAGAACCAAGAGGCCAAAAUAGGUAAAUCUUGGGGCGCACAGCCAUUUAAAACAUGUGUUGUACAUUAUUGGAGAAGAUAUGACUUUUGAUAUUUUUUUCCAUUUUGCAUCAUUGUUGAUCCUCAAAUUAUAUUUGGGGCAUUUUAAAAAGGGAAUGGUUAUUGAUGAAAUCAGAGUUCUCACAUGAACAGAAGAAUAGUGCAAAAUGGAAGCAAAGACUAUUUGGAUUGUCAACAUUUCCAUUGUAUACUCAAAAUUGGUGGAAAUUGUUAAGAUGGGCUGAACAAAAAAAGAGUAUCUUGGUGAACUUUGGGUGCUUGUGUGAUUAUUUUUUUAAAAGUAAAACACAGAAGGAUGUAUUUGAUUUAUUGAUUUUUAAUUAAUUAUUCUGAUCAGUUAGCAUUUGUGUAGUUUUUAUCUCUACAAUGACAAAAAUGGUUUGGGAAGUAAUAAAUAUAUUAUUUUGUGGCUGGAAUGCUGCAGUCCAACUAAAAAAACUGAAUGUUUUUUCCCCCCUCUGUUGUUUUAUACAGUAAUAACGACAAUCGACUAGUUUCUGGUGGACAUGGAGGCUUCUACAAAUUAAAAAUGUGACAAUGUUUUAAGACCUCAUGGAUAUAAUCCAAGUAAUGUGAAACACCACUGCUUGUAUUUUUUAAGCUUAGCGGAUACAAUGACUUAACUACUGGUAUUAGUGUUUGGAUUACAAAGGUUGCUGCUAUACAAUAGAAAUAACUGCAGGUAAUGACAUGACUAUAAUCUAAGAAAUUAAUACAUAGUGCAAUUGUAAUAAAGGAAUUAAGGGAGGAGGGGACACACAAAUGGGUGAAUGCAUCCAAAACAACUGCCUUAGUCUGAUGUCCUGGAUAAGUCAUCCUAGAUAUGGCCCCACACUCUUAUGAAAAUGUCUGCAGGUCCAACUGCCAUAAAUGAACAAGCUGAACACCCGGAUUUAGAGAAAGGCAAACCCAGAAGGAUUUCUUAUUCAUGAGUUGAAUGAUGACUGAAUAAUCCCUUGUAUAAUGUGUACACUGUACUUGGGGAAGCCAUUCACAAACUGAUCUCAAUGGACUGCUCUUAGGAGUUUUUAGCUUGAGUCAAGUCUGCAGUUAUUUUCCUCUUCUAGGCUGUGGCCUCCCACAUGGGAAGUUUAUGAACCGAGGACUUUGCCAAUGACCUCAGUAUAAUAAUCACCCAUCCCAGCUUCCAAUUAUGUGUUUCCUCUGCCAGGGGAAUGUUUGAAAGCAGUAAUUAGCUAAUUGUUUUUACAGAUAUAUGCAUGACAGUGAAAAUUUGCAUUACGUUACAAGAGGCACUGGAUGUUGGAGACCAAUGGAAGAAGUUCAGCCUUUUCUACAACUUGACAAACCAGAUAUUUUUUAAAUUGGGGAUUGGAACUGGUAUGAGAUUCAGCUGCUAUCUGCCAUGUUAACAGGAGACUAUGUUACAAAGCUGGUGUAAACAACUUUCUCAGCCUGGAAAACUCACAGCAACCCAACUUACUCAGCCCUCUUCAAUCUGAAAUGGCCAUGGCUGUUUCUCUCUCAUUUAUUUUUUUAUUCAAAUGUUCUCAAUAAUUUCAAGUACUUGAUAUAUUCUGCCCUUGUUGUCACUGUCCACUUUAAUAUUGGAUCUUUGGCUUAUAACAUUUUAUUAUUAAUAAAUCAAAACUAUAUUUGUCUCUUUC